AACGAGAUGAACUUGGAGGUUCCUUCCAGCCCAAACCAUUCUAUGAUUCUACAAUCAAUGUUAUUCGUCUGGUUUUGUCCAUUAGUUGUUCAUGUUAACACAUCAAAAUUAAAAGACCAUUAACCAGAACUAAGUUAAGCCUGUCUCCAUAAACACAGCAAGGAUGCACUUCAUCCUGUUGUGGUGUGCCUCACUAGGCUAAGACUGUAUUCACCUCAAGAAAUAAUAAGGAAGUAGUGCAGAGGUUCCUGUGUGAAAUGUACCAACAAGGGCUACCACCUUUAGAAAAGGCAGGCUUGUGGUUCAGCACAGGCAAAAUUUUUACUUAGGAUUUCACUACAGUGCUGGGAUGCUGUCAAAGCCUGCUAAGAUAGGAGGCUACUGCCUAACUAUUGCAACAGCUUGCUUUGCUUUCUGCUUUUGUUAGCUCAGCCCUAUUUAGAAGCAAAGAAUUACAUUUAACUGGCUGUGGCUCAGUUUCAUAUCUCCACAACAAACAUGAUAGUAUUGUCAGUAUUUAUUCCAGAUUCCUUCUGUCAUGAAUGGGUUCUUGGUUUGGUAAUGUGUAAAACAAAGGCAGCAAAUGUAGUUAAAUCUGUGGGGUUUCAUCUUCCUGAUAUUAUCUUCUUGUUGUCAUGGAAACUAAUAUAGACUCAGUUAGGAGGAAGUAUUAGGUGACUGCAGGUAGCAUUGUGGGUGGUGUGAUGGUGUGGUUUCUGGGAUGAUGUAUAUAAGAGGAGAGCAUAGUUAGAAAUGGCAAGAAUCUAUUAUUCGUGUUUAGCCAAUACUCUUAUUGGCAAUGUAGCUGUACUUCUUGGUCAGCAGUAUGGGUAGGAAGGACAUUUAUGAACAUGUAGGCUGACCUAUAUAGCUUGAGAACUUCCUGUUCUCAAGAGGAAUUAAUUGCAAGAAUUCUCAAGAAUAAUUAAUUUCUGCUAACUAUGGUUGAAAUCAAGACGACCUUGAAUUUCUGUGAUACAAAUAAAAGAUUAUUGUCAAAAACAGAACAUAAGUUUCCAAGUAGGGAACCCAGUUCAGUGAGGACCUCAGUCUGGAACCCCACCUGUUUGAGAACUGUAUAAUUACAAAAUAAGGAAGAUGAUCUAAACUGAGCAACGCAGACAUCCUCCUUCACUUUUCUUAUCUGUGAAACAAAGAAAAUAAUGAUUCUCUCGUCAUAGGGUGUUGGGGGUAUGAAUACAUUGAAAAGCACAGGCUGCUUAAUACUGUGUUAAUAGGAGUCAUAAACCUCCUGUAUUUGCCCAAGGGUAUUAAAAUCUAAGCAGACUAAACAAAAUAUGCAUGUUAUUCUUGGUUUUAAGUGAAGAAUCCUAAAACUAACCAGCUCUACUGAAAUUUUGCAGGAAAUGAUUCCUGAAAAAAUAUUUUUAUUUUAAUAUUCUCCAGACCCUUAUGAUAGCCCUCUACAUCUAAAACAACUAUGCUUUUUAUUGACAUCACUGACAUCUGCCUAUUCAGCAUGACUUUAACUCCUUCCUGAUUCUCUAAAGUACAGAUGCAUAUAUCUUUAAAUCAAAUUUUAUUACAACUCAAGUACCUCAUAAAGCCAUUUAGAUGGGCCACUGGUAAAGCCCACUAGUGCAUUUCUUGUGGCUUACCUGCUUAAGUAUCAGCCAGUUGAAUUAUAUAUUCAUUACACAGGCUGCUGCAAACUUCUGUUCCCUACAAAAUCAUUGCCAUACUUACCAAUGCCUAUCCUGACCUCCUGUCCUCCCUGCAAGGCCCCACAGUGACUGCUACUGUCCCAUUUUGGCCCCCUCCGUUUCAACAGAGACAGUUUUCCGGAUCUGCUGCCUUUCCUAAGGGUUUGCCAGUUUUCCCCAUUCUCUCAUCUCCUUCUCAGAACUCCUAGUUUAAUUCUGUGCUGUCUGUAGCUGCAAGUGAUGUUCCAUACCAGCUCUUGUCUAUUAACCAAUCUCCAGUCCCCAUUUAGCCUCAAAACAUCUUAACUGUUCACUGCUGCAGCACAGUGAGUAACAUUCAUCACAAGUUAUUAGCAGACCACAGUGACAAUAAAUUCACACUGCAAUUUUAUGUGUAGCAGAUAAUACUAACCAGUCUAAAUUCCAUUAUCUAGGUAAAGUGCUCUACAGGGAAAGUUGUGACUAUUUAUUUGCCUGUUUUAUUUUAUAUCAUGAAAAUGUUAGAGUGCCGCUCUUUAUAUUAUUUGGGAAAACAAAUAUACUACUCCUAUUACAACAGCAUUGUCGACCUCCAGAGUAACUGUAUCUAUAUUAAAUGCCCAGUUUCUGGAGAAGUGGAUUUAUUUUGCUAAAUGUCUGUGGGUUUUUUUACACCACAUCCAUUACCAUAAGUUCAUCAAUGUCAGCAUCACAGCAGCACCUUAACACCAAAGAGCACAUGCCCUUUCUGUGUUCACAUAAAAGAGACAUGCCUUCAGUUGCAUUGCAAUUAUCUGACUGUUUUCCAUGUGCUUUCAAAGAUACAAGUUGCAGAAUCCCAACUCCAGUUAGGAACAACUUACAAUGCGUUUUCAUGUAUAAUGAAAAUUAAUUUCAGCCCUGCAGCUAUGAUGUCUUUGCAAUGUGUUGAAGCUUUAGAAAAACAGAAAUGCUUGCCAAUUGCUUACAGUGGAGAAGUGUCCUUAUAUUGUUUAGUAUGAAACCAAAAAGUGAUGGAGCUAGAUAAAUACUAAUUAAGGGUCUAGUCCUGUCACCAGCUGGGCAUCUGUGUUUAUUUUUGCAGAAUACCAUGGAACUACCCUAAUACAUGAAGUGCUCACAUGCACAUGCACUGUAUCUCAAGCUAGGUGAGCACAUGUAGCUGAAUAUAGUGAGGAAAGAUGUCUGGCUCAGAGGUGUCAUUUUACACAACCACUUUGGGCAGUGCAGCUGCAUAAUAGGGUGUCAUACACUGAGAUAUGUGAAUUGCCACUUCAGUCUCAAUUUAAAAUGCCACCUUCUUAUUUCUAUAAUAUACUCUGAGUUAUACUUCUGACUGAACCACAAGAGGUGUAUUCUACUAAUAGAUUCUGGUUUGCAUUUUAAAACGGCUGACUGCCGCACCGCUUCCUCUGAAAUACACACUGCAAAGCCGUACAUGACUUUACUCUGUGACAUCCUAAAUUGAACGGUUUUCCAAUUGCUUUACCCCAAAAGCAUGCAAAUCCGCUGCCCAAGGGGAGUGAAUUUCCACCAGUGCUAACGGUCUGCGCCUGUGAGGAAGCUGAAUUGCUGGAAUUCAACUCCACCUUUGAGCGCUUUUUCUUCUCUCCACAGAAUUGCUUAGAAGGCAAGCCGCAGACCCCUCCAGGCGGAUUGCGAGCAACAUCAGAAAAGGGCUCUUUCCCAAGAGAUGGAGAGGGGCUGCGGCGGCCGCCGCGCGGCGGGGGAGCGGGGUUGGGAAAACAAUGGUGGCGGUCGCGGCGUCGGCACGGCCACGACCGCUCGCGCGGCGCUCCGGGGCGGGCACGUAGCCGGCGCAGCCCUCGGCCGAGACGACUCCCGCGGAGCGCUUGGGUCGCCGCCGCAGCCGAUGCUCACGCAGACCAGGGAGACGCCGCGCGAUUCCGCGCCCCGGCGCCCCACGGUUCCUAGUGUGCUUGCUGAACCGAGUAACGGAGUUCAUGCCCGGGGCUGCGACGAUGUCCUUAUGAGGGGACUGUCCCUCAGACUGCGCGUCGCUCGCUCUGACGGACCUGAACGGUCACUGCUGUGACAAAUAAUUCCGAAAUUCACCUCCCGGGGCUCGACACUCAAAUAGGAGGUGAGCAGUAGCGAAGGGACCACGGAGGCGAGGCUUUCACGGAGACCCUCGGCGCCCAGUAACAGUCUGAGGCCAUGAAUGUGGGGAACAAAGCCCGAGCUCGCGGGUGUCCCACGAGCCACCGGUGUGCCCCCUCGGGCCGGCGGCACUACGCGCCUAGGCGUGACCCGGCUGCCAGAGGGGAAGCCGGGGGCAGCGCUCUCUCCUAGCAGGCUGAGCGGGGCUCGGUGGCCAGCACCGCUCAGCGCCCGGACAGCGCUUCAGACCGAUGCCGAUGAGGACGUUGGGCGAUCCAUACGGCAACGCGGGUUUCCCGAGGCAGAGGUGCGCCCGCCUGGCCCCAUGCGCGGGGAAAAACGCAGCCGGCGGGAUGGCGCCCCGCCGACCGUCGUGGGGUGGUGCCAACGGGUGCGAGGACAGUUGGCGUGGUGCUCACCGCCCCACGGGCGCCCAGCGCAGCUUCUGGGCGAGUGAUGAACCCGGGACUCCUAUGCCGCGCUUGCCCAAAGCUUGGGCGGCGCUCGGGCGCAUCCGGUGGCCCGGAGAGCCCCACGGAGAGAAGCGCCCUCGGUCAGCCCGGCGCUCUGGAUUCGGCUCACCCGGCUCCGGACCCCCCACCCCGCGCUCCCCACGGCGUUCGUCCCCCUGGGCCAGGCAAGCAUCCCGCAACAUCACGCACGAUGGCUCCGCCUCAGUACCUGAGUCACGUCCCGCGCCUCAGCGUGAGGAUGCCCCUGCUCGCGCCGGACCGCAGCCCGCUGUCCCCGUGUGCCGACGCAGACCCGCCCCAGCCCGUCUGGUCCCGCCGGCUGGGGAGCGCUCCCGCGCGGUGGGUCUGUGGCUGCUCGCCCCGCCCUGCCACACGGGGCGCCCCCUGGGUCCUAUCGCCGCCACGGUGACUCUUUCCCUCCGCUACAGGUUCUUCCGCGCAGGGGCCCCGGGGCCUCACAAGGCAUCAUCACGAGCUUUGCGCUGCUUGCGUAGAGUGCAAGGCACGGCUGGGUUCUGCCGGCGUGGAUGCUGCACUGGCUGUCCGGAGGAGCAGGACCUGAGCAGUGGACUACAACGUAUGAAUGGGUUUCUGCGGUUGAGCUCUAGGAAUAGCCACAUAGAUCAUCUGCAUGAGGAUUAUGUGAACCUGAAACUUCACAUGGAGCAAAAGAUUCAAGAACUGGAAGACACUGAUGUCGGAAACUGGUAUGAAGAACAACUGUCUCUGGCAGCUGAUCGAGAAUGGAUUCCUAAACAGAGUAAAAUGCAAACAGAACUGAACUGGCAGCAGCUCUGUGAGAAAGCUGAAUGUAAUUCAUAUCAGAAAUCAGAGGAUCUAACACACAGACUAUCUUCAUCAAGAGAGGAGAUUGAAGCUGAUCUACAGAAAACAGACUACAGGUUGCAUGAGACUGUGCUUUCUGCUUUGACUGUUGAGAGAGAACAGACAAUACAAGCAUGGUUUAAUCACAGUAUUUCACCUGAAGGGGAGAAACAGAUAUUUCAGUAUGAUGAUAAAAGUUCUCUGUACAAAGAUAUUCCUGCCUUGGAAAUAAAAAAGCUGCAGGAACAGAAUGCCAGUCUUCGGAAUGCUAUUACACAAAUGAGGAAAGAAAUGGAGAGUCUUGAUGAGCAGAUGUUGUCCUCUCUUCCUCUAACAGAAAACAGACAGCUUGCAGAACAAGGUUCAUUGAGCACAAACAAAGUUUCAACUGGAACCAUGCUGAGCAACGUCAAAGUCAGCUCAACUAAGUUGGAUUGUAUGGUAAACCCGGACACAGAAAAGGAGCCAGAACCCAAAGCUCUUGAAGAAAACAUGGUAGAUUUUGGACAACAGUUACCUGAUGUAGGUACUGGUGUUGGUUGUCAGUAUUGUGUCAAACGCACUCUACGAGGAAUGCAAAAUAAACUCAAGGAAGCAGCAAGAAAAAUCUCAAUUCUGAGCCAAGAAAAGCAGCAGCUGAUUGAAAUGGGAAACAGACUCAGGGCAGAACUUGGAAUGCUGUUAAAAGAAGGACUUUGGCAUCCUGUUAGCUCUAAACACUGCACAAUCUGUAUUGGUAGUCUUCUUCCAAGAGAACUUGUCAAAAGAACACAGUGUCAGCUAUCAGUUCUAAAUCAUCUACAGCACAGACUCUCAUCACAGGAGCUGCGGUAUGCAAGGCAACAGCAUCCUUCGAGGUUCUCUUCUCUUAUUGCCUGCCCUAGCUUAAAGGAAGAAGAAGCUCCAAGCAGCUGUGGGGAAGAAACAGAAGUACCAUCCGCUGAGGUUCGGCUAGAUUUCUGUAUGGGAAAUCAUGGGCCAGAUACAUCCUCAGCAACAAAGGCAGAUACAUCCUCAAAGAUUGUUCAGCUGCUCAGUCAGAGUCCUAGUCAAGUCCAGCAGGUCCAGCUUUCUUCAUCUAGAGCACAUAAUUUCUGCCAAGGUGUUUGUCAAAUUUUAGAUACGGGAUCAAGCCUUUCUAUACUCAGUCCUCGAAAGAACACCAGCCAGGUGGAGUUUGAAGUUGUACAUUCAACUCAGCAAUCUGAAGAAUCUCAGCAAAAUGUCAAAGCCAAGGAUAAAUUUGAAAUGUCAGCUGAAGAUUUGACAGUCAGAGGAACAAGGCUGGAAGUUCAGCAGAAGUUAAAACCCAGGAGUUUAUCUUGUGCUCAUCUAUUAAAACCAAAAAUCUCUCGUAGCAUGGCAAAAAUCUGCAAUUAUAAUAUUAAAGACUGAUUUCUAUGUUGGCAGCAUGUUGCAGGUUCACACUUGCUAUCAACUUACUUUGACGUCUCUAUAUCUGAUCUAAUUAUCAGGCUCAGUUUUGUAUGUCAAGAUAUUUGCAGCCAGAAAAGAGAACAAAUACCCCGUUUCAUACAGUGAAGCCUAAAAUAAAGGGUUAAUCUGUGUAUGUUA